GCGGGAGGCCGAGCUCGCCGCGGUGCACGCGGCUAACCUCAGCCAGUGCCACACUGCGCUGGGGCAGGUACAGAUUGCGCUGUCCAACUUGUCGGCGGAGCUGACCGAGCUUCGCGCCGCCAGGCCCGUGCUGCCCGAGGAGUUCGACUCGCUCUUGCUGCACGCGUUCGGGGUGGUGUUGACCGCGGUGCUGAGUCAGUGUGGCCUGUGCAUCACGGCGGAGGCGUUCUUCAAUGAGCUCGUGCUGGGAAGGGUGGUCACCUUCUACUACGAGGACGACCCGAAUGUCGGGCACGAGCGGCUGCUGCUGUGGCCGUCCGCCGGGCUGUUCCCCCACACCUGCUGGACGUGCCUCACGCCCGACGGCGACGUGUACCCCGAGGAGAUGGCGGCCGGGCCCGAUGGGGACGGGCCCAGCCGCGCGUUCCACGAGUACCCGAGUGAGGACGACAUGAUCCAACUCUUUCGGGACGCGCGCCUAGCCGCGCGCGCUGCAGGUGGGGUCGAAGGCGAGCCAACUGCCUUCAUGCGCGACGGUGGCCGGCCUCCCCAGAGCAUGACAAUCAGCCUCGCCGACGUGCCAGGGUUCGUGCGCCGCGUAUGGCGCAAGAGCCCGCCAGCGGCCGUGCUUUGGGGCGCGCCCAGCGCUCCGCCCGCGGGCCAGGCGCCGGGGCCCGACACGCCCCCGCCUGGCGGGGCCGCCGAGGGGCUUGGAGCGCUCGCCGACGGCGAGGUCGGGGGCGCUGCGACCUCAAGGGUCGGCCCUGGCGCUGCGCUGCUUUCCGCCAAGGAGUGCCGCCCCCCUGGCUCGGCCUGGUUCGCGCUGAAGACGGCCCCGAACGAGUGCCAGCAGUUGGGCGAGGUCGCCCCAAAGGCUGGCGACGUGGUCUGGGGGGAGAGUGGGCUCUACCGCGCGGGGGGCGGCUCCGUCGUGCCGAUUGAGCUCCACCCCGUCCCGCUGCCGGCCGAGGUCUUGGACAAGCUUGCCGAUGACGAUGCUCGCCUCCUCGGCCCUCGCCAGCGCGCGCGGGAGGGCCGCCGGCGCCGCGAAUUCUGCGAGGCGGUGUCGGCCAUGAGACAGGGGGCACAUGACGACUUCCUUCUCGUGGGCGAGCGUAGUUUCGAGUGGUUAUGCGACUACAUCGCAGACCAUGGCGGCACCCCCGAUGGCCGCCAUGCCAGGUGGAUGCCGGAGAGUGGCUGCACGAAGGACUCGGCGGCCGCGCGCAUCCACGACCUGUUCGGUUUCGCUAUCGCGAUGGCCGUCACCUACGGCCAGGCUGACGGCUCCAAUUUUGCCAGCAUGGAGGUGGCGUCGCGGGCUUACCAGCUGAUCGGGGAGACCGUGAGAAGCAUGAAGAUCGAGGGCGUCGAGCAUUGCAUCGGCCGCUCGAAGCAGAGCGCCCGCCGGGGCGUUGCUGCGGCACCAGGCGCAGCCGUGUGCGCCACCGAGCGGCUGGCAAAGGAGACGGAGAUUCAGAAGACCUGCUGA